CUCUCUCACAAUGGAGGCUUCAGGCUCUCUGAUGGCCGCUUUCUCCGCUCCGUUCCUCGUAGCUCCGAAUCCAAGAACCAGCCCCAAGCGGCAGUUUCGUGUCAGGGCGUGCGGGCUUGGUGGUGAUGGGAAGAUGAUGUUUAACAAAGGCAAGAGUGGGUGGACGAUUGAUUUCUCCGGAGAGAAGCCUCCCACCCCGCUUCUGGACACCAUUAAUUACCCAAUUCACAUGAAGAAUCUCUCCGUGCAGGACUUGGAGCAGCUCGCAGCAGAGCUAAGAGCAGAGAUUGUGUUCACCGUGUCGAAGACUGGUGGGCAUUUAAGUGCAAGCCUGGGAGUCGUGGAAUUGUCCGUGGCUCUCCAUCAUGUGUUCGAUACUCCCGAGGAUAAGAUCAUAUGGGAUGUUGGUCAUCAGGCCUACACACAUAAGAUCUUGACCGGGAGAAGGUCAAGGAUGCAUACCGUCAGGCAAACCUCUGGGAUCGCAGGUUUCCCCAGGAGAGAUGAAAGCAUCUACGAUGCUUUUGGUGCUGGUCACAGCUCCACAAGCAUCUCUGCCGGACUCGGCAUGGCCGUCGCCCGAGAUAUGCUAGGGAAGAAGAACCAUGUAAUCUCUGUCAUAGGGGAUGGAGCUAUGACCGCUGGCCAGGCCUACGAAGCCAUGAACAACUCAGGAUACUUGAAUUCGAACCUUAUUGUGGUGUUGAAUGACAACAGGCAAGUUUCAUUACCAACUGCAACCCUUGAUGGACCUGCCACUCCCGUUGGUGCACUGAGUAAAGCCCUCACCAGACUUCAAGCAAGUACCAAGUUCCGUAAGCUCCGGGAAGCAGCCAAGAGCAUCACAAAGCAAAUUGGUGGUCCAACACAUGAGGUUGCUGCGAAGGUGGAUGAGUUCGCCAGAGGACUGAUAAGUGCCAAUGGAUCAUCAUUGUUUGAGGAGCUGGGAUUAUACUACAUCGGUCCAGUAGACGGGCACAACUUGGAAGAUUUGGUGACCAUCUUCCAGGACGUGAAGUCCAUGCCUGCUCCAGGACCUGUCCUCAUCCACAUUGUGACAGAGAAAGGGAAAGGGUAUCCCCCCGCCGAGGCUGCUCCAGACAAAAUGCACGGAGUCGUGAAGUUUGACCCGAGCACCGGGAAGCAGCUGAAGCCAAAGUCACCCACUCGCUCGUACACCCAGUACUUUGCGGAGGCUCUCAUCAAAGAGGCGGAGGCGGACAACAAGGUCGUCGCUAUCCACGCAGCCAUGGGUGGUGGGACGGGACUGAACUACUUCCAGAAGAGGUUCCCUGACCGAUGCUUCGACGUGGGAAUUGCAGAGCAGCACGCCGUCACGUUCGCAGCUGGUCUGGCCACCGAGGGCCUCAAGCCUUUCUGUGCCAUCUACUCAUCCUUCCUUCAACGAGGAUAUGAUCAGGUGGUGCAUGAUGUCGACCUCCAGAAGAUACCUGUCCGGUUCGCGCUGGAUCGAGCGGGCCUCGUCGGCGCCGAUGGACCGACGCACUGCGGAGCAUUUGAUAUCACGUACAUGGCUUGUUUGCCCAACAUGAUCGUGAUGGCCCCGGCGGACGAAGCCGAGCUGAUGCACAUGGUUGCAACUGCGGCAGCCAUCGACGACCGGCCCAGCUGCUUCAGAUUUCCCAGAGGCAACGGAGUAGGUGUGGCCCUCCCUCCCGACAACAAGGGCUCGCCUCUCGAGAUCGGGAAGGGCAGAGUUCUGAUGGAAGGGGACAGGGCCGCCAUCCUGGGAUACGGUUCCACAGUUAACACAUGCCUGAAGGCUGCAGACACGCUGAGAGCCCACGCAGUCUUCGCCACCGUGGCCGACGCUCGGUUCUGCAAACCUCUGGACGUCAAGCUCAUAAGGAGCUUAGUGAAGGAGCACGAUAUCUUAAUCACGGUGGAGGAAGGCUCCAUCGGAGGAUUCGGAUCCCAUGUUGCUCAUUUCCUGAGCUUGAGUGGCCUCCUCGAUGGACAACUGAAGCAGUUGAGAUCGAUGGUUCUGCCGGAUCGAUACAUCGACCAUGGAUCACCUCAGGAUCAGAUUGAAGCAGCAGGGCUGUCUUCAAGACAUGUUGCUGCGACCGUGCUGUCUCUUCUGGGGAGGCGCAAGGAAGCGUUGCUGCUGAAGUGAGCUUGCAUGUACCGAGUGUAGGAUUCGAGUAACUGCGGUGGUAAGACACCAAAGCUGUGGUCCAUGCAUACACACCAAUUCGAUCUCAGGAUUGGAAAUCGAGGAGUUCCAUGGAUGCCUAAGAGCUUUGAUAGCUACUGUUUGUCCUGUGAAACAAGCGGUGGCAGAACAGGAUGACGAGUGUUUCCCGAGUGGGAUCCUUUGAGAGACUCGCAUAUAUGCCAAUUUGUCUGCUUGUAUUGCUGUGCUAAUAUAUAUAUAUAU